AAAAAUAUAUCUUCUAUAUUAGAAAAUUCAUUUAUGACAAUGUCAAGUUUAAUUAGUAGACCUAUUUAUAAUAUUACACCUCAUAAAGUAGUUAUACGGUUAUUAUUCUUUUUAGUUAAUAAAAAUAAUUCUAAAAUUAAAAAAUCUAAAUUCUUAUCUGUUAAUAGUAAAAAUUUAGAAAUAUUAUGUGCUAAUUUAAGUAAAAUUUUAAAAAAACCAGUAGAACUUGAUUUAGUCAAAUUACAUUAUCCUUUUUACGAUAGUAAUAUAUUAGCUAAUCUUCUUGGUAGAAUUUGUGAUAUUAAUUAUAAACCUUAUAUUUUUAUAUUAGAUAAAAUUUUUAAUAAAGCUAAUAUUAAAAAUCCUACAAUAAGAAUACCUGAAACUAAUUCUAAUAUCCCUACUUUCUUAACUGGACUUAAAAUCAGAUUAGCAGGUCGUUUAUUAAAACAAAAAAUAGUCCCUCGACAUACAGUUAAAACUACUCAACACGGAAGUUUAACUAGAAGUAGUGCUGAUAUUGUAACUAAUAGUAGAUUUACUUCAAAAAACAAAAGAGGUACAUUUAGUUUUACUGUUACAAUGGGACAUAGA